GGAUUUCAGUCUAGUUUCUGCUAUCCUAUUAGUCAGUAUGUAGGAGGGCGGGACAAAAGGUGGCAAACACGCUAUCUGAUUGGUUUCUGCCUCCAGUGGGGGCCGACCUGUUGGUUUGGGCGGAUUUAAGGCUAGAGGCCUCCGGGAGGGUCGCGGUCCAUUCGCGACCGCGGGAGUGAGGACACAGCAUGGACGAAAGCGGAGACCCAGGAGGCUUGGUGAAGGUGGUCCACCUGCUGGUCCUGUCGGGUGCCUGGGGCAUGCAAAUGUGGGUGACCUUCGCCUCAGGCUUCCUUCUCUUCCGAAACCUUCCCCGGCACACCUUCGGUCAGGUGCAAAGCAAACUCUUCCCUUUGUACUUCCACAUCUCCGUGGCCUGCGCCUUUGUCAACCUCUGCACCGCAGCUUCCCAACGUGCCUGGGUUCAGUUUACAUUCUGGGAGGCCAGCCAGUGCUGCCUCCUGCUCCUGAGCCUCGUGUUGGCUGCCAUCAACGCGCGCUGGCUGGAGCCUCGAACCACCGCCACCAUGUGGGCCCUGCAGAGGGUGGAGAGGGACCAUGGCCUGGGCGGGGAGGUGCCGGGCACCCUGCAGGGCCCGGACCCCUACCGCCAGCUGCGAGACCAGGACCCCAAGUACAGUGCCCUGCGCAAGAACUUCCUCCGCUCCCACGGCCUGUCCUCGCUCUGCAACCUGGGCUGCGUCAUAAGCAAUGGGCUGUGCCUCGCCGGCCUGGCCCUGGGUCUCCGCAGCCUCUAACGUGGGUCCUGCACGUCAAUAAAUGGUUCCUUGGAAACA